AUGGUGCAAAUGUACUUGGAGGAAAGUGAUAAAGUUAUUUGCAAACCAAGUGAUAUUGAAGAAAUUGAAGGGGACUACAUGUUUGUAGCAAGGCUAGAAAAUAGUGAUGAAAAUUUGUUGAAUAAGGUGGUCCAUAAUAUAGAUGAAGCAUAUGCUUUAUAUAAUGAUUAUGCAUUGCGAAUGGGUUUUAGUAUUCGUAAAGGAAAGCCUAGAUAUUAUUAUGGAACGAAGAACAUAAAGCAACGUGAAUUUCUAUGUUCUAAGGAGGGUUUUAAACUAGAUGAAGAUUUUUGUAAAGAGAAAUAUUCGAAGAGACUAGAGACUAGAACUGGUUGUAAAGCAUUUAUUCGCUUCAUAGUUGAAAAUGGUGUUUGGAGGGUUAGUGCAUUUAAUCCAGAGCAUAAUCAUGAACUUGCACUACAAUCAGAGAGGCAUUUGUUAAGAUCUGGUCGUCGUAUUUCAAAACCUAAAGCAGAUGUAAUUGAUACCAUGGUGAAUGCAGGUAUAAGUACAAAGAAUGCUUAUUCAUAUCUAACAAAAGAAGUUGGAGGGAGUGAAAAUGUGGGUUUUACCGAAAGAGAUUGUUAUAAUCAUGUGAAUAUGCAAAAGAUGACAAUGAUUAGUGCUGCAGAUGCUCAAAGCUUAUUGAAUCAUUUUAAGUCUAAGCAUGCAGAAGAUCCCAUGUUUUUUUACACAGUUCAAGUAGAUCAAGAAAAUCGAAUGACAAAUUUUUUCUGGAGAGAUGGGAGAUCAAGAGUUGAUUAUGAUUGUUUUGGAGAUGUAGUAGUAUUUGACACUACAUACCGUACCAACAAAUAUAAUUUGAUUUGUGCUCCAUUUGUAGGUGUUAAUCACCAUUGGCAAAAUGUGAUGUUUGGAUGUGCAUUCCUUUUGGAUGAGACCACAGAUUCAUUUAAAUGGUUGUUUAAGUCAUUCUUAGACUCAAUGGGGAAUCGAUCGCCUAUAACAAUUUUCACUGACCAGGAUCAAGCUAUGUCAAAUGCCAUUGGGGAAGUGUUUCCAAAUACACAUCAUCGGCUAUGUUUGUGGCAUAUUUCAAAAAAUGCUCCUUCUCACUUAGGAGACUUAAACUCUAACUCAGAGUUUAUGUACUUGUUCAACAAGUGCCAAAAAUAUUGUGAUUCAGAAUUGGAAUUUCAACAGACAUGGGAUCAAAUGACACAAAGAUUUGAUAUUGAGAAUCAUCAUUGGCUUAAUAUGAUGUACAAAAUUCGACAUAAGUGGAGCACUGCAUUCACUAAGGAUUUUUUCACAGCUGAAUUUAAAUCUUCCUCGAGGAGUGAGAGCACGAACCAUGUUUUGAAUGGUAUGCGUUCCUCGGAAUUGGAUGAAGAUUUUCGAUGCAAGCAAGGUGCCCCACAAAAGGCAGUUAAGAAGAGUGGCAUUUUGGGUCAUGCAGCUCAAGUUUACACCUGUAAGAUAUUCAAUUUAUUUGAAAAUCAAUUUCUUGAUAGUCUUGCAAUGGUUUGGGAUCAAGUUGAUUGCCAAGAUACAAUUGGUGUUUUUGAGGUCAAAGAAGAAAAUAGUGAAAGAUAUAAAAAAUUUAACUAG